GACGAAACCAAAGCUACGUCCAGCACGACGCACGGCACCUCCAGAUGUGCUGUUUGCGCUGGCUAACCACAUAGAGCGGCAGAGAGAAGGACCCGGACUUCACUGGAUAUAACCGCUGCCAUUCCGUCGUUUGGGUCAGCUACCACAGCAGCUAUCACUCGGAGACCGAGGACGACUUUUUUGUAUUUCCGCGCAGCUUUAAUGAAGAAGCAGACCUGCUAACAUUCUUGCAGAAGGGACCUCUUCAACAAGUAUGGGGUCACCAUGGAAACCAUUUCUCCUCCUGUCUGUCAUCAGUGGCCUUUCAGAUUUCGCAAGAGCUGUUGCAGCACGGCCUAUAUCAUAUGCAGCAGUAUUACGAAUGAAGCCAGACAGCUCUUCUUCAGUGCUCAACUCGCGCGGCAGACCUCAACACUACAGCAGUGGGCUGGUGACUCCUGACUGGCCUGCUUUCUCCAGUCACCCCCUGUCAGCCCUGAGUCUGCAUAGCUCUCAGGAGGACUAUAGAAGCGAAGAAAGUGAAGAGUUUGGGCCUGUUUUUAUCCAGGAGCCAGAUGAUGUUAUUUUUCCUUUGGAUUCUGAUGAAAAGAAAGUGGUGAUGCACUGUGAGGCACGGGGGAAUCCACCACCCACAUACAGUUGGUACAUCAAUGGGACGCAGGUAGAUUCAGAGGCAGAUUACCGCUACACAUUCAUCGACGGAAACUUAAUUAUUUCCAAUGCAAGUGAGAUCACUGACUAUGGAAAGUACCAGUGCAAAGCAGAGAACAGCAUUGGGAUUGUCCUCAGUCGAGAUGCUUUAUUACAGUUUGCAUAUCUUGGUGCUUUCAGUACAAAGGCCCGGGGUGGGGUUUCUGUGCGUGAAGGCCAAGGUGUGGUACUCAUGUGUACCCCUCCUCCCCAUUCACCAGAUUAUACUCAAAAACACAAUACAGAGAUUAUCUACAGCUGGGUGUUUAAUGAAUUCCCCUCGUUUGUCGCCGAGGACAGUCGACGCUUCAUUUCCCAGGACACGGGAAACCUCUAUAUUUCGAAGGUGCAGCCCUCUGAUGUAGGAAGUUACAUCUGUCUGGUGAAAAACACAGUGACAAAUGCAAGAGUUCUGAGUCCCCCAACACCUCUGACACUGAAAACUGACGGUGUCAUGGGUGAGUAUGAGCCCAAAAUUGAAGUGCAUUUCCCUACAUCUGUUCUGGUUGCCAAAGGAGUCACUGUCAGACUGGAGUGCUUCGCUCUAGGGAACCCAGUGCCAACCAUCACGUGGAGGAAGAUAAAUGGCAACAUCCCCAAGAAAGCAAGACUCCGUAAAUCUCAGGCUGUGCUAGAGAUUCCCAAUAUUCAGCUAGAGGACUCGGGAACUUAUGAAUGCAAAGCUGAGAAUCCAAGAGGAAGCACUGCUUUCAAGGGACAUCUGCAGGUCUACACCCUCCCGCAGUGGGUCAGAAUGAUUAAUGAUACUCAGAUGGAUAGUGGAGAGAAGCUCCAAUGGGAGUGCAAGGCCACUGGGAGGCCCCGGCCCACCUAUCGCUGGCUUCGUAAUGGUUUGCCCUUGACAUCACAGGGUCGACUUGAAAUAGUGAAUGGGGAACUGACCAUUCACAAAGUGCAGCAGGCGGACUCAGGAAUGUACCAGUGUGUUGCAGAAAACAAAUAUGCGGCCAUCUACUCUAAUGCUGAACUCCAGAUUUUAGCAUCAGCACCUGUCUUUGUCCCCAAUCCAAUACGGGUCAUAGCCACACUUGGAAAAGAUGUGUCAUUAGAUUGCAAACCAAAGGCAUCACCCAAACCACGGAUAACAUGGAAGAGAGGAGACCGGAGGAUAAUACCAAAUAAAAGGAUUAUGCUGUUACGGAACAACACUCUGAAAAUUGUUAACUCCAGCCGAGCGGAUGAGGGGAACUAUGUGUGCCGGGCAGAGAAUCAGUUGGGCUCGGCAGAGAUGACUGCCAUACUGUGGGUAAAAGAGGCCAUGCGUGUGGUGCUUAGCCCGAGCAGAGUGGAGGUGACUGUCGGGGAGAGUGUGGUGCUGAGCUGCAAGGCGACACAUGACACGUCAUUGGAUGUGGCUUUCCAGUGGUUCUUCAACCAGAAACCAAUCAACUUUCAGUAUGACGGUGGCCACUUUGAAUACAUCCAAACACAGUCUUCAACAGUGGAUCUGAUGAUUAGGAACAUUUUGUUGAAGCAUGCUGGGAAGUACGGGUGCAGAGCCCAGACCAGUGCUGACACUGUAUUUGCAGAGGCAGAACUUCUUGUGCGAGGCCCCCCCGGACCACCUGGAGUGGUGAUAGUGGAGGAGAUCACAGACACCACAGCCACUCUGUCAUGGACACGUGGCGUCGACAACCACAGCCCUAUCAGCACUUAUAAUAUACAGGCCCGAAGCCCAUUUUCAUUAGGUUGGCAAACUGUCAAAACAGACCCAGAGCCAGUGACAGGAGACAUGGAGUCAGCCAUGGCUGUGGAGCUCAACCCCUGGGUGGAAUAUGAAUUUAGAGUGGUGGCCACCAAUGCAAUUGGGACCGGAGAUCCUAGUGCACCUUCGAGAGGAGUUAGAACUAAAGAAGCAGUCCCAUCAGUGGCACCAUCAAAUGUUAGUGGAGGAAAUGGGCGCAGACAUGAACUGGUCAUCUCGUGGGAGCCUGUAUCUGAGGAGUUCCAAAAUGGUGAGGGUUUUGGGUAUAUUGUUGCAUUUCGUGCCAACGGGACACGAGGGUGGAAGGAGAAGAUGGUGACUUCCGCAGACUCUACGAUGUACAAAUACAGGGACGAGACCUUCCCUCCUCUUACCCCCUUUGAAGUGAAGGUUGGUGUGUACAACAAUAAGGGAGAUGGGCCAUUUAGCAAAGUUGUCAUCAUCCACUCUGCUGAGGGGGAGCCAAGGGAAGCGCCGUCUGAUGUGAAAGCUUACGGCAUUUCUUCCUCAGAAAUUAGAGUGACUUGGAAAUCGCCCACGCCUGGUCCUGGAAAACCAAGAGGAUAUGAGGUCAGCUACUGGAAGGACAUGGAGCUGGAGGAGUCAGGAAAAAAACAACAAACUGUAAAAAAUGAGACAUCGAUGGUCUUGACAGGAUUAGAGGGGAACAGUGUGUAUGCCAUUACAGUAAAAGGCUUCAACAGCAUUGGCCAAGGUCCUGCCAGUACUGCUGUCACAGCCAAGACCAGGAAACCCCCUCCUGCUCAGCCACCAGCCAACCUUCACUGGCUUCAGGAGGGCAACAACGUGUCUUUAAGCUGGGACCCAGUGAAGGCAAAAGACAAUGAGUCUGAUGUCAUCGGGUACAUGGUGUUACUGAAACAGGAGGGCAGAGGCCACAACCAGGUGACAAGAACCAUUAACCCUUCAACCAUGCUCUCACUGCCAGAGGGAGGCACUUAUGUCAUCGAGGUGCGGGCGCUCAGUGAAGGGGGAGAGGGAGCCGUCAGCUCCCAAGUUCGACUUGUCACUUCCUCUGGUGUCCGAGCAAAAAGCAACCAGUGCUCAGUGCACUGCCUGCCACGGAGCCUAACAUGGACUGCAAUCCUCCUGGUUCUUCUGGUGCCUUCAGCUUCCUGGUGAGGCCACGGUGGGGUCCUCACUUUCAUGAAGGGAGCCACCAGUCUUCUGCUCCCUUUUUCUCUCUGACUGCCUGCUUGCUUUGGCCUUACCCAUCUCAAAGGGCCUGAGGUGUGCUGAAGGGGUUUGAUUCUGCCAGUUCACAUGCAGCUCUUCAGAGUCCCUCCUUUUCAAUCCACAGUUUUCUUUGAGGCCCCGGACAUUUGAGUUGCGCCAUUCUUUCCAACAUCACAAUAGUGUUGUACUGUAGUGUACAUUAUGUGGAAAGAUUUGUUUAAUCACUUAAUUUAACAUUAUGUGUUCCUCUCAAUGACUGGCAUCUAACCACUUCCAGACGGCUCCUACAGCUCCGGGGCUCUACAGAGCAUGAACAAUUCCUUGAAAGCUGCUGUGGUAGUAAUACAGGGAUCAGCCGACCUGUUUCUUUUCAUUACUUAUCUGCAUCAAUUUACCCCUUGGCUGCCUAACAAGCAAUGCAGCAGAGGCUCAGUAGAGAUAAGUGCAUUGUUUUCUUAUUCACACAUUGAGGAGAAAAACGUUUUUUUAUGGAACCAAGAAUCUUACUAUUUCCAGACUUGCUUUUUGUACAUUGUGUUACCUUUAGAGAAAAACAGUGGUGUGUGUCAGCUAUGUCAAACUCUGUUUUUUGGUAGCAAUUAAGCAAUGCUUGGUGAUACAGUUUGUUAACUGUUGGAUGUAUGGAAGUAGGAAACAGUGGUUUGGGUACAUGCUGUACCCAAACACAUUAAUAGACAAAGAUAACUCUGUACGGACUCCUGGUGU